AUGAAGUGGCUUACUUUCAUAGACAAGAAGUGUUUUGGACCACUCUUCUUGUAUAUAUUUUCUCAUGCAGAAGAAAAGCCUAUUGUGAUAGCUAAGGAAGUGAAAAAAACUGAAGAAGAAAAGAGAGUAAUACAUGAAAGGAGAGUUAUUCCUGAAACAAAAAAGAAAGAAAAAGAAGAAAAAAAAGAGAAAGCUCCUGAGAAGCCAGCUGUUCUUGAAAAAAGAAAAGCAGAGCCAGUAAAAAAAAAACCUGUACAUCCAGCUGAAAAGAAAGAAGAAAAAAAAGACGCUGUUAUGGUCAAAGAACCUAGAAAGCCAGCAAAAGCUCCUGCGGCUAAACCUGUCACUGUAAAAGUAACAGCACCAGUUCCCAAGACACUACCAGCAGGUAGAACAGCAGAAGCCAAACCAUCAAAAAAGGAAGUACCUGUAGUAUCAGCCAUACCAUCAAAAAAGGAAGUACCUGUAGUACCAGCCAUACCAUCAAAAAAGGAAGUACCUGUAGUAUCAGCCAUACCAUCAAAAAAGGAAGUACCUGUAGUACCAGCUAUACCAUCAAAAAAGGAAGUACCUGUAAUACCAGCCAAACCGUCAAAAAAGGAAGUACCUGUAGUACUUGACAAACCACCAAAAAAGGAAGUACCUGUAGUACUUGACAAACCACCAAAAAAGGAAGUACCUGUAGUACCAGCCAAACCGCCAAAAAAGGAAGUACCUGUAGUACUUGACAAACCAUCAAAAAAGGAAGUACCUGUAGUACCAGCCAAACCAACAAAAAAGGAAGUACCUGUAGUACCUGCCAAACCAUCACAAAAGGAAGUACCUGACAAACCGUCAAAAAAGGAAGUACCUGUAGUACCAGCCAAACCGUCACAAAAGGAAGUACCUGUAGUACCAGCCAAACCGUCACAAAAGGAAGUACCUGUAGUACCAGCUAAACCAUCAAAAAAGGAAGUACCUGUAGUACCAGCCAAACCAUCACAAAAGGAAGUACCUGUAGUACCUGCCAAACCAUCAAAAAAGGAAGUACCUGUAGUACCAGUGAAACCACCUAUAUCUGUGGAAACCCACAUGGCAAAAGCAGCCAAAAGAGAGGAACUAAAGGAAACAAAAACUGAACAACCCAAAGAAGUAGUAGCUGUGGUUUCAACUAAAAAAGCUGUACCUGAAAAGAAGGAAGAGAAAACAACAAAGGCAGUGGAACAAGAACCUGUAAAAGAGAAACAAGUGCAACCUGCUGCCACGAAGCAUAAAGAGCAUGUAAAAGAAAAGGAAGUCAAGCAUCCUGCAGUAGUGAAGGAUAAAGAGCCCAUAAAAGAAAAACCUCUGAAGACUCCAGAAGUGUCAAAGGAGAAAGAGUCUGUUAAAAAAGAAGUGAAGCCUCCAACAGCUGCAAAGGAAAAGGAGCUUACAAAAGAGAAAGAAGUGAAGCCUCCAGCUGUUGUCAAAGAAAAAGAGGUCACAAAAGGAAAAGAAGUAAAGCCUCCAGCUGUCAUCAAAGAGAAAGUUAUGCCAAAAAAAGAGGGAGAAAAGAAAGAACCUGAAGUAAAAAAAGAAGCAAAGCCAGCUAAACCAGAAGCCAAAACAAUAAAAGAAGCUAGAGCAGUCCCUCAUCCUGCUACUGAAGGCAAAAAAACUGAGCCUAAAUCAUCACUCACAGUAGAGAAACCUCAUGUACACAAGCAUGAACCCGUAAAGCAGGAAAAAGCUGUUUCCCAUGCCAAAAUAGAGGAGAAAACCAAACAUGAAAAAUCAUCUCCCACUGAAAAAUCAGUGCAUGAAGGUGUCAAACAUGAAAAAGUUCUACAAACAAAAGCAGACAAAUCAAAAACAACAGCAAAACCAGCAGCUGAAAUCACAGUUGCAGCCCAGAAAAACACAGAACAAGCUGCAAAAGAAAAAAAAGAAAAAACAGUAGAGAAAAAACACCUGAAAGAGGAAAAAGCUAAAGAAGCCUCAACAGUAAAAGAAACUCAGCAACAUCACAACCUGACAACAGAGAAGGUUUCCAAAGCUGCAAAAAUAGCAAAAGGAUAUACGGAAAUAAUUUCCAUUAAAAAAGAGAAAGCUCCUGUCCGAUACUUCCAAUGCGUCUUCCUUGAUGGACAUAAUGGAUAUGGAUUGCAAUUCCCCAUUACUUCAGCCCCCAACCAUGAAGAAAAAUCUAGACAUUCAAAGGCUUCUAAGAGGAAGACAAAGGCACCAGGGCAGUAGAGAGACUUGUAACCUGUGGAUUUUUCAGAUUUUGCACUUUACUUCUUCUACUGAGGUCCAGCAACAUUACAACGGACCUGUUAUUGUAAAGAUGUGAUUUACUAAAUCACCUAUACUUUGAGAAGAUUUUUUAAUUAUUUUAUGAAUGGUGCAGAGGGAAAAGGAGUGGCUAUGAGCACUUUGACAAAUGUAGAAAUUAAAAAAUACCCCAUUUCUUGUGGAAAUGGCGUGGUGUUGAAAUAGUUUGUCAAGUUGUGGGCACAUUUUGUUCUGCCACUUCUGCUUUGUAUCUCUCUCUCUUGCCUACUUGCUUGGUAUUAAACUGUGCCUGUUUUUCCAUUUAAUCUUUAAAUGGUAAAAUGUGUGAAACUCUUAUUUCAGCAAGUCCUUUUACAAGGCUACCUGAAAUCCUACAUCAUUUCUUCUUCAUGUUCACUCAGAACUUGACAGGAAGAAGCCUCACUAAAGCAAAGAAAAUGUGCUUCUUGUCUGGUGCUAUUUUUAUAUAUAAUUUACCAGUUUAAUUUGAAGCACAUAGCUUACCUUUAAACAGCUCAGUAUGCUGGUGGUGAGGUUCACUAUUAACAUCUCAUUAAUGACAACUAUUUACCUUCAACUUGAAGACAAGCAAUAAGGAUCUGCUAUGUUUGUCCCAAAGCAUUUUCCAGAUUAUAACUGUUCACUUCCUGUGUCUCAAAAUGAGUGGAGAAAGUGAGGCAAGAUGGAGCUCUUAAAAGAGGAGAUGAAGUAAAGAGGUAAAGCUAUGAAGGUCUCAGAAAUGGGAAGGAAAUCCUUCUGGUACCUCUACAUCUCUUCUUUCAUAAAUUUCUUAUCAAGUCAGAUCUAUUUGCCGUGUACACUGUGCAGAUGGAUAGUACUGGAUAGUGCUAGAUUUAUUGUGAAGAAAAGUCAGAGGGGGAGCUAUAUUAAGAUACAUCACUUGUGAAACCAUGCAAAGCCAAAUUUGCAGGUAAACAUCUCAAUUUUAUUCAAUUUUUUUUAGUGUGGAGGAGGGGCUCACUCAGCAAAAACAAACAGGGAAAAUGGUGUUUAAUUUUGGUGUUUAAUUUUGUUAGAUGAGAUGAAUGAGCUCUUCUAGCUACUAUCUGGCUUCCUUCAAAAUGCACUCUACUAUCCACUAUUCCUAGGUUGAGCACUUGAAGUAAACAUACCUGUCCUCAACCAUCUUUUGUUUAUUUCUUUAGACAGAGCUGAUUAUCAAGUAUAAAAAAGAGGAUAAGAUGAUCUUUGCUCUAUGUGAAAAUGCCUGAUUGUAAAUCAGGAUUGUGAUUGUAAAUCAGGAUUGUGUUGUCUGGCAAUGUAAAUAAUAAUGUCUUUUUGCAAGCUGCUAUUUGUUUUCUUCUUUACUAUAUUUAUGCAUUUAAUCUGUGACAUGUACAGAUGUGAUUUCAAGUUUAUAGUUACUAGGUGAAGUAUCAUGAGAUUAUUACAUGGCAUAAUCUGGUUGCUUCUGUAACUAUAUAUUGCUUUUUUCAGCAAAGGUCUCAGGCUGUAGUGGUUUUAUUUCAAUUGGAUGAUUGACUUAUAUGGGUUUUGGGUAACUAUGUCCUAGAUGGCAAUUCAGUAUGGGAUAUGGAUUUUUUUUUUUUACCUUCAGGUCACUGGGUCACUAUGAUAGUGGCUGGAAGUCAUUACCCUCUGAUUGCUGUUCAGUGCCCUAUAUGAAAUGAGUUCUGGAUCUCAGCACUCUCCAUAUAGGUGCCUACAUCAUAAAUCCAUAGACAACCACCUGCCUUCACCACAGGCAACCUAAAUAGCAGUCUCUGCAGACGUGCAGAAGCUGAACCUCCCCUUUUUGCCCCUAGAGUGGUUCUUCCUGAUCAGGAAGGGGGCAAACUGAAAAGGUGAAUUUACUGUAUCCUCUAGAAUCUGUUCUGUGAAUAAAUAGAGGUUUGCAGAAUGCAGAGUUGACAAUCCAGAGUUGACAACUUUACCUAUAAACAGGCAAACCACAGUUUUUCUCAGUAGGGAUUUUAUUCCCCCCAUACACACCCCAUUUUAUCCCCCUCCAAAAAAUAUAUCUUUAUGUAUGUAUGUAUGUAUAUUAUUACACUGGUGGUUGUCCUGUAGUAUUACUACUAAGACUGUCUUAACUAACUUUCAGAAAACUGGCUAAUUUAAUUUUGAGCUUUGUCCAAGUCCAAUAAUCAGCAGAUGUAAUCUUUCAGUAAAAAUAUCUCAAAUAAUAUGUACAUUUCCUUUUUUGCACUGUAUUUUAUCUUACUUUCCCACUGCUUGUUAGUUGAGAGGAAGGACAUGAAUAUGUUUGAGAGCCCAUGAAUGUGUUAAGAGCCAUCAAAAUGGCUCUGAAAAAAGUAAAUAGUUCACUAGUGGUAUAAACCUGGCAAUAUAUUAUUACCUUCGUAUCUCAGCCACAGACAAAAAUAUUAUUGGACGUUGGUCUUGAGUCAAAAUAGUAGUUUUUAUACUAUGGAGUUUGUAAAUUGAGUUUAUCUGAAACCUUAAUAAAGUGUUGCUUAAAUUGCAUGGUUUUACUCAAAUUAGCCUAAAAUAUUGCUAAAGUAUAUAUGCUUAUUGUUUGUUUUGGAAAAUAAAAAUUAUA